AUGGGGUCACAUACAGGUAAAGAAAGACAAUGGCAGCUCAAUGAGUUAGAAGAGUGGCAUCAGCAAGCUUAUGGCAACUCCUUAAUAUACAAAGCUAGGAUGAAGAAGUGGCAUGAUCAAAGACUGAAAGGCUUGAAAAAGUUCAAAGUUGGAGACAGGGUUCUCUUAUAUAACUCACAUCUUCGGUUGUUUCCAAGUAAGCUAAAGAGCCGAUGGUCAGGAUCGUUCGUAGUCAAGCAAGUCUUUCCAUACGGCACAGUGGAGCUGCAUCAUCUGGAGAAGGGAGACUUCAAGGUUAAUGGGCAUAAACUGAAGCACUAUCACGAGAACUCGUUAGAAGUUGAGGAGCGAGUGAACAUGGUAUUUUUUCCACAAAAGUAG